CGCACACUGCCUCUCUGUUCAUUCCACACUAACUCAGAUCACAAAUAUCCUCCUCGAGCCAAUACCUGAGGGUAACCUGAAUUUCGGACAGCGGCUCUUCAACCUGCCAGACAAAUGUCCAGUCCACUAGAGCGGGUUGUAGCCCAGAAGAAGGAGGCCAUUGAAGCUGUAAUGGAGAUGUUUGAGAGAGGAGCUGAGGUGCUGGCCAGCGCUGUUGGGGAGCUGUGUCCUCUUUUUGAAGCUUCCCCUACUUUUUUACGGCUGGUCUUGGACAAUGUGGAAAGCAAGGAGAUCACAUAUGUCAAAGAUCAGUUUCUAGUUGUGAGGAGCAAAUUAGAUGUCCUCUCAUCUCAAAUAGAGGACAUCAACUGUGAGAUUAAAAAGGGACGUUUGGAUUCCCAGUUCUUCUCUGUGGAGGAAAAUAUAUGCAACCAAUUUAGAAAAUACAUAGAUAUUCUGGAGGCCAAACCUGAGUACAGAGAGGUUAGAAAACGCUUGUUCUUGCAGCAUUUUCCCAAAACAGGAGGAGAGAAGAACCUCUACAUGCUUUAUGAUGCUUUGAUGGGGAACAGCACAUUUGGGGAACCGAUCCUGGAUGUCGUGGAACAAUACGAGGCCAGAAACAGAAGGGUCCUGGAAGACUUCUGCGUCAGACUGAAGGAGCUGCUCUGUUUGGGAAUCAUCGCUCUGCUGGGAUACUGCUUCCUUACUCAGGGUGAGGAAUCAGAGCAGGAGAAGAUUCAAGUGUGGAGCACAAAGAUCCAAGAAAUUGAGACGAAAAUGAAGGAAACGAUAGAGAAAUGUGUGGAUUCAUUUCCAGAGCAAGCUGAACUAGAUAUCAAGAGGCUUGUGAAGGAGAAAGAAGAUGGGAACCUUCAGGAAACGGCCCAGGAACUGCUGGACUUCCUGGUGAAGAAGUACGACUGGGUGAGCUGGUCCAUCAGAGUUAUUAGUAACUUGGGCAAAUUUAGCAACUUGAGAGCUGGACAAAACUUUCAGUGUGUGGCCGGACAGAAUUAUUUUGAAGUAUCUCAAGGAAAUGACACCAACCUGGUGAUUUCGUUCAGCAGCAACCCUCAGCCUGUGCCCAACGAGAGCGUAAAGCAGAUGAUGGAAGGCCCUGCGAGGAAGGGAGACGCCAAAGCUGUUGUGGAGCUUCUGGAGAAGCAGUUAGCUGGGUUUCUGGUUCACGCCGUCAGCCGUCACAAGGACAGCUUUGCUCUGUCGAGUUUUCCUGAAGAAUGUCACUACUGGGAGAAACAUAAGAACAUGAAUCUCUGUGUGCAUUCAGAGUAGAUUUACUGCUGAUAAAAAUCUACUCUAACUGAAUUUUACUGUAUCCAUGAUCUGUCUUGAAAAAAAAAAAACUGUAUUUAAUUAGAUAAUUGUCUCUAACAAAUAGUUAGUGCAUUUAUUGUAAUUCUUCUUUGUAUUGUUCUAAACUAAAACCAAAGUAAUCUUGUUCAGACUAACCAGUUUAAUUAACCAAACUCCGUAUGCACUUUUUUGAGCAAUUAUAUACAAUGAUAAUACUACUUUAUAUUACAAAGCUUAAUGUAUCUGUCUAAAAUCAUCCCUUGAGAGCCAAGAAUUCUCAACCAGGGAUCCAGGGCCCACUGAGGGGCCUAAACAAAAUAAGUAUCAAAUAAUGUACAAUAAGACAAAAUUUGCAUUAAAAUCUAAAUUUAAAAAGUCUUUAUAUUCCUUAUUUUACUGACCCCCUCAACAACUUUUUUUUUUUCUUUAGUUGAAGAAUCAGUAUUCCCACAGGAAACAUGGAUAUAUGUGAGAAUAGUUUAAAAAGUAUAGUUUCCAGACCUGGAAAACUCAUGGAAAACUGGCAAAAAAUAUUGUAAUUUUAACUUUUAAAAUGUCAUAAAAUAUACAAGUAGAAAUUGAAUAAAAAAAAUUUUUUUCUUACUCAAUCCAUAUCCAAACAAUUACACGUUAAGGGGCUUUCUAAUGUUGUGGAGGACAACAGUGCAGCCUUGGAGACAAAAAGGUUGAGAACUGCUGCUUUAAACAAUAUCAUGUAUUAAAGAUUUUGUAAAAUGGUUAAAAGUAGGGAAAAUGGCUUUUGGACCAAGUACACUGUAUUAGACUGGUGCCAGAACUGGCAAUUUGUCUUUUGUGAGUGAAUGACCUACAUAGUGCCGGCACAAUUCAAAUGCCCUACCAACCCUGAAAAGAGGCAAUGAACACAUCUCAGUCUUUUUGCCUUGUCUCAGUGGCCCACACAAACUGAGCCUUCAGUAAAAGUAAAAUGAGGACCUUUACAAAUGUUUCAAUAUCUGACAUACAUUGCUAUGAUAUACCACCCAAAGCCAUAUUUAAUUAAAUUACUGUUUUAGUACACAGGUCAGCAUUUUCUGGCCAAGGGCUGCAGAAACAUGGUGAGUAACGCUUCACUUUGUUAAUAUAAAGCCGACGAGCUCUGAAGUGCUGUGAUCAGCUGGAUCCAGUCAUUAAAAUCGCUGAGGUGCUGAGCGAAGGAACACUCCAGAGGGAGGAUCCAUUUCCAUUGGGUUCUUGUAUUCCAUUCUAUGUGUUUCUAUUACGAGUCAAUGAGAUCGUAAAUGCAUAUUGUUUGAAAUUAUAUUCAUAACCAAUAUGUAAAAACUACAUUAUUAGAGGCCCAUUUGACCUUAUGGUGCAAGAUCAUUAAAAGCCAAAUUGUGACCUUACCAUGGGUGAUGACCUUUGACCCCUACACACUUACUCCAAUAAGACUCUUCUCUUUAUAUGCCAAUAAGUGUUUUAAUUUAUGAAAAAACAUUGCAGUUGUUGAAAUUUAAAAAAAGGCAUUUUCAUGCCUACAAACAGCCAUUUACGUCACCAAAGCAAUCCUCUCUCAAAAAACACCAUUCUGAAAAAAAAUUAUUGUUCUGAAGGGUAAACAACCAUUAUUUCCUUCAUAUUUUUCCUUUGUGAUUAAUAAUUAAUGCAUUAUUUUCUUUCAUGCAUUAUUUAUUUGUUUGUUUAUGAAGGUGGUCAGCUUUAAUAAAAAAUAAAAAAAGGUGCAUCCUUGAAUAUUUUAAGCUGUUUUUAAGUCUGGAUGGAAAUGCAUGUAUGGCUCAGCCUGUAUUCAUUAGCGGUUGAGGCUUCUGUCUUGAUUGGAGCUAUAUUGAUCCAUGUGGCUUACAUCUCCGAAAACCGACUGAACCUUAAACCUGUCUGUUACAAGACCAAAACAAACUAUUAUUCCAGUUUGAUUUCUUGUUUUGCUGGACUACUUUAACAUUUUUAAAUAAAGACAAAUAAAACCACAACCAUCUCCAGGAAAGGGCAUCAGUCAGUAUCAAUAUUUAAUAUAUAAAUGAGUGACUUUAUGAAUCUCAGCAUCACAGUAGUGCCGAGGCGGUCGAUCAGUCCCAUGAUACCUCACUCUGGCUGCAUCUGCCAAUCACAGCCUGAGCUAAUGACAUUACCUUUUCGUCAGAGUGGACUAUCGACCGGCUUCCUGGCCUUAAGUGGCCUGAUCUGAUAAAAAGCAUUAAAACAUUUGUACUGUGACACACACCAGCUCACCCUCAGCCUCUGCACUGGAUUUAUCCUUCUGAUGUGUCUGACUGUGCUUAUAAAACCUUUGCAAAAAGAUCUUACUGUACAAAAUGAGUAAAUAUGAUGCUGCAAAUAAACUUUUAGUGCAAACUUAAGCCCAUCUCACAUUCAAUAUUCCUAAAAAGCAUUUUAGUAAAACAUACUGAUUUAAAAUAAAACAUUUAAAACAUUAAACAUUUUAACAGUAUUGCCAAGGACUCCAUACUUAAAUAUUCAUGAGAUCAUGGCCACGCCCCUCAAACUCAAUGCACAGAUAGGACCUCAUUUUUUCUGAUUGCCAUAAUUGAAAUAUGUUUGUUGAAAUUGUGUACAUCAGGGUUAAUAAAGUAAUAGAAACUACAAAAAAAUAAAAUGAACUUUAACGGAAAUAAAAAAAAGUUUUAUAUUUAAUUAAAUUUGAAUUGUAUUCAAUUUUAUUGCAGCU